AUGGAGGUAACAAAGGAUGAAAAUUGGACGAAUGUUAAAACAGUUUACCAAAAUGGGCCAAUAGCUCAUUCACCAACACUUGAAAAAAAUGAUAAAGAUGCUAUUACAUCGUAUUCAACAAAUCGUGAAAAAAUAUAUCACAAAAACGCAGGAACUCUUGAAGAAAUACAUGUUCUGGAGAGCUCGGGUAGAACUACCAGAGAUUUCGCCGAGGAACAUUGGUCUUCAAAAAUCAAAUCAUACAUAAUGCCUCAACCACCGAAAUUUAUGCAGGUAAUUAAGGCAUUUCGAGUGCUAGCCACUGAUACAUUAACACUUGUCGUUGAAGUACAAAGCGAUCCACCUGCCAUUUUUGAAUGGUUCUGUAAUGACAAACCGGUGCAACAAAAUCGACGAAAAUUUAAGGCACGUCAUGGAAUCAACAUUACCACCCUAACCGUUGAGGGCCCGGAACAGGGUGUUUAUAAAUGUACUGCAAGAAAUCCCGUCGGUAUAUCUACAACUUAUGGCUAUAUUACAGUCAACGCUCCUCCACCAUACAAAACAUGGUUAGAGCAAACACAUGAAGUUAAUGAAGCAAUGAACAUGGAAAUCAAUGAUAAAGAAAAUAUCCAAACAUCGACUGAUAUACCACCCAAAUUUAUUCAACAGGUACCAAAUUUGACGUUACGACCUGGCAGUGAAGCGCUUAUUGAUGUUGAAGUGGAGGCAUCACCUCCAGCCAAGUUCACUUGGUACGUGAAUGGUAUCGAGUUUUGCGAUACAAUUGGACAAAUCGAAAUUUAUUAUCCAAUAGCUAAUCGUUGUAUUGCCCGAUUUCUAAUUCCACAAAAGGGUGAAUACAAAGUAAUUGCGGAAAAUAGAGCCGGUAAAGAACACAGUAUCGGUUACAUCGAUAUUAAAAGCGAAGUAAUGUAUCAUCAGACACAAUUACCACCUUUACCAAAUGAUCAUAUAUAUCAUCGUUCAUCCUACACCGAAUCUGAACAUCAUGAAAUACCAUUGUUACAAGGCAGAGGACGAGCAUCUUCGGUGAGUAGAGUGAUUGAUUAUUAUGAAGAAAGUAGCUAUUAUGAACGCUCGACAAGCUUACCGCGACAGAUCGAUCGUCCAUAUGAAAUGAAGAAAACAACGGAGAUUAUUCGAAAGCGCAAAGACGACUCGAGUCAAUUUCAACAACACGAACAACAACAACAGCAACAACAAAAAGAGCAGCAACAUCGUCAACAACAGUACUUAUCUUCAACAGAACUUGCUAAAAUGAAAGAAGAACAAUUACAGAGAGUGAAACGUCCACGGUACAGUGUAGCAACAACACAACAUUUGCUACCUCAAGAACCAGUUUUCACUAGUAAACUACCAAUAGAUGUUGCGAUAGCUCCCAGUAAAGAUUUGGUGCUCAGUAUUGAUUUUAAAGCAAUCCCGAGAGCAGAUGUGAAAUGGAGUGUAAAUGGUUUUGAAUUGAAAGAUUCAAAGAAAGUCACAGUAAUCAAUGAGGAAAAUCAUUCAACGCUUAUCUGUCGAGCACCAGUUCGUUAUGGACGUUACAAUGUUACGGUAAUGAAUGAAUAUGGUAUGAAUAAUCAAACUACACGAGUGUAUCAUGAUGAGGAGAAACAGCAUGAAGAGAUCAAAGAAUCACGUUUAUUAUCCAAUGAAGUCACAGAGCAACCGGUGUCUGCAAAUAUUACCACCGCAUUAUUUGAUGGAUGGGAAUUAAUCGAUGAACAACAACGGUCUAGCAGAUCGGCAGAUUCAUUCGAAACUGUUAAAUAUGUGGAAACAGUUCGAGCAGCUACAGAAGGACAUGAAACACCCACUCCACAUGAUCAAACACCCACUCCACGUCAAUCAUUCCAUUCUUCUACGUGGAUGAACGUUUCUGGAGUUCCUGAAAUAUCGCAUUCAUUUCCUAAUAUAGAAAAACAUUAUAAAGAAAUCACAAAUGGUAUAUCAAAAACCAUUUAUGAACAAUCUAAAGCUAAUGAAUCGAUAUUACAUAAACCGCUAACAGGUAUGACAUUUGCGAAACAAACGUAUGAGGAAGCUGUUCGUUCGGGAAGCGAAGUUCAUAAACUACCAUCCUCAAAACCACAACUACAAAAAGAAAUUGCGGAACAUGGAAAUAUCGAAAAAACAUUCCACAUUCCAGUGCAACGUAUCAAUGAAUCAAUUCCGAAGCAUCCAUUCAUUUUAAAACAGCCUGAGCCAGAAAUCCGUCUCAAAGCAGGUGAAAAACUUGUAUUGGAAUCUAAAGUUGAUGCGUCCCCACCAUCUCAAUUCAAAUGGUAUCAGAAUAAUUUUGAGGUACGGCCAUCACAAUCUGUGAUUAUUGAAAGUCCAGCAGUGAACGAAAGUCGGGCUACAUUUUUGAAACCAGUCAGUGGUACUUAUAAAAUGGUAGCUUCCAAUAUUCAUGGUUCUUGUAGCAGUAUCACCCGUGUAGUUACUGAAGUUACCGAAGAAUGGAUAACAGAAUCCAGCGUUUCCAUGAUUCGGGCAAUGCCAGAGAAGCAAGAACCGAAAUAUCAACUUAUAAAGAGAUCUCAUAUCGGGACACGAAAUGAUUUACCCAAAGCUCCACGAAUUGUGGAAGGUUUUGCUCCAAUUCUUAAAAUCCCCAAUAAUGAACCAUUGGUAUUGCGUGUCACUGCAGAUGCGAUACCGGAAGCGGAAUUUCGUUGGAUGUUGAAUAAUUUUGAAUUAAGAACAAGUCAAAUAGUUGUUAUGGAACGUAUCGAUUCAAAUGUCUCACAAGUUACAUUCCAUAGUCCGACAAGCGGACGUUACGAAGUGGUAGCGAUAAAUUCGCUGGGUCAAGAUUCCUGUUCUGGAAAAGUAAUUAUUGAUUAUGGAGAAGAAGCACAAAUUACUCCUAUUAAACCAGUCGAGAAGCCAAUUGUUCCUAAAAUUCUUGAAUUUAUCAAACCAUUACCAGGAGAAACACAGUUAUACUUCGAAGAACAAGAAUUCCGUCUUUUCGUAUUAGUGCAUGGUGAGAAACCGAUUAUGUUCCGAUGGUUUGCGGAUGGCAGUCUUCUGUCGAACAGCGCUGAGCAUCAAAUGAUUAAUGAUUCGGAAAGUAGCACAUUAGUUGUACGGAAACAAAUUGAAUGCGAUGUUGAUUAUGCAGUUGAAGUUUCUAAUGCUUAUGGAGCUGCUUGGUCCGAAACUACGGUAAAACCACCACUAUCAACAACCAGCACAACUUCAGCGGAAAGUUCACUACCAGAAAUGCAGGAUGCGCAGCGAUGCUCUCCACGUUAUAUCAUUGUGCUAAUGGAUAAGGAUUUGCAACAAAACGAUGAAUUCACCGCACGUGUAACUAUUAAUGCAGAAUCCAGUCCGUGUGAGUUUGUCUGGACGCUAAAUGGACGUGACAUUCGUACAAUUCCUGCAUUUCGUGUUGAAUCAACUUUCUAUGAAUCUAUUCUUUACAUCAAAUCAGCCUCAUCAAAACAUUCUGGUGAACUAUCAGUUAUAGCUAGCAAUAAAUAUGGUACUGCAAAAUCAGCAGCUAAAAUCACCGUUCACCCAUUACGUGAAGAAUCGUAUGAAUUUAUUUCGGAAGUAGAAACUGUACCAGCUGAACGGCCACCACAAAUUGUUUUACCUCUACGACCUUCCGUUCUUAGAGAAGGUGAAUCACUCGAAUUACGUUGUUACGUUGAUGGUUUACCACGACCGGAAGUAUUCUGGACCAAAGAUGGAAUUCGCAUCGAUGAUAAAAUGGCAAAAAAAGAACUCAUAACUCUUCAAUAUCCGGAUGGUAGAUAUGAACUGAUUAAUCCAAAAUGUGCACCAGAAGAUGCCGGUUUAUAUCAGUUAACAGCUCGUAAUAUCCAUGGUACCGUGAAUACUUCAGCUUAUAUUCACAUCGAAAGAAGAGAAAUAGUGAAAACAACAACAAUGGAAACGAGAGAUGAAAUUCAAGUAAUUCAUCAGGCAGCAUCAAAACCACGAUUCAGUGAAGUAAUGUCAAAACAAUAUGAACAUGAUAUGGUUGUGAGUUGUAAAGUGAUAAGUGAAACACCAAUUGUGGUGUCGUGGUACAAAGAUGGACAACGUCUCUAUCAGUCCUAUAAGUACCGUAUACAGAAAUUAUCUGACAACACGUAUACUCUUACAAUAUGCAAUGUCGAUAAACGGGAUGAAGGUCCAUAUAUUUGCCGUGUUGAAAAUACACACGGUAGCUCAGAAACAAGUAUCUAUAUUCAACCUUCAGUAAGAACUCGAGAAAUAAACGAGGAAGUAUUGGUUGAAGAAAAUGAUAGUGAAGUAAUUGGAUUACAGGAUAAUAUCGGUUAUGUGAAGAAAAAAUACACUGAUACAACAGUUAAGGUAUUGGUAAAGCCUGAAGUAAGCGGUAGUCAAGAAAUGUACAGCCAUACUGCUGAGCUACGAAAAGCUGAAGCAGAGUAUAAAUUGCUGGUAAAAGUUGCGGAAAUUGUUGCAAGUAAGCUAGUCGCUAAAGUUGUAAUCGAUGAAGCAAUAUAUGUAGCAUUAAAACGAAUGAAUGCAGAAAUGCAAUCUAGUGAAGAGGAAGAAUUUGAAUCAAUCUGUGAACGACGUCCAUAUCCACCAAGAUUUGAAACAAAUAUCGAAUGUUAUACUGUUGAUGUUGGUGAUGCUGUUGUGUUACAUACUGAUAUUAGUGGAUAUCCUCAGCCACGUGUUGAAUGGUACUUUGGUGAGCAGAAACUUGAACAAUCAGAACAAAUUGAAGUGAAGUAUGUGAAUCAACAAGCCAUACUGACAAUUAAGAAAGUGGAGAAGAAACAUGAAGGAACUUAUUAUUGUCAUGCUGAGAACGAGUAUGGAAAAGCUGUGUUACCAUGCAAUUUAUGUGUGACUGAUACCGCCCUUGAAUGGUCCAAAUCUACGCAUAAAAUGACUCGACUUCCGUUGAUUUACACUUUAUCCGAAACUGAAGCAGAAGUGUCUUCAAAUGUUCACGUUACUCACGCUGCAGAAUCAUACGAUCAUUAUUUUUCCUCCAUUCAACCAGAAACCUUUGCAUUGGGUUAUUCAUGCCUUGCGUCAACCAGUAAAGUGUACGACGACUCCGUGAUCAUAACUCCUGAAUCGAUGCAAAAAAUGAUCGAAAAAGAACAAGAAGCAACGGAAGUCGUUUUAAAUGUAAAUGUAGAACGUACACCGUCAGUUUUCAAGCACGAUGCACGUAUUUUACAGUCGAUAGAUGAGAGAUACAUCACUGUAUCUCGACGUGAACCACAAUAUGCAAAGACAGAAGAAGUAAUGCAAACUAAUAACAUACUGCUGAUUGGUGAUCAACGCGUUCUACAGCAACAUCAAUCUGUGGUUAAUGCUGUAAAAAUGGUUGUAUUCGAAAAGCCUCCACAACGAGCUUUGCAUGAAGUCACUUGCUUAUAUGACGAAAAGGAGCGUAUAAGCAAAGAAAAAAUUCAGGCUGUCAGUACAGUUGAUCUUAAAAGGAUUGAAGUUGUCAAUGAGCUUAUUAGUACCAUUAUGGCUACAGAGGAAAAGUUCCGCGAAGCAUAUGCAGAAGCAAACGUUGAUGUACGACGUCCGGAUGCUCUAUUUGAUCACUUUAUAACUGUUAUUGAAUCAGAACACAAAUAUCUCAAAAUACAUUUGGUAGCAUCGGUAGUUGUGAAAAAUCUUGCCACUUCCGAUUUUUAUUUGCAACAAAAACCGGAAUCAUUGCAUGCAGAAUCAGUGUUUACUGAAUAUCCCAGAAGGAGUGCAAUUGCUGAACAACGAAUCGUUAUACUUCAAAGUUCAUCCCAAAAAUUCAGCGAAGCUAUUACAUGGAAUUUGAAAAAGGUUACUAAAGAAGCAACCGAAAGUGGCAUCACAGUAACGCAUGCAAAUAUUAAAGUAUGCAAACCGGAAGAAAUCGGUGAACAUGAAACAACAAUUAUUGAUGCAAGAAAAAUAGUUCCAGAAUUACUUGCUAUCGCUGCUGCAACUAGUAAACUUAAGCUUAUCAGCAUUUUUGUGACAUUCACUAAGAAGGGCGAUGUUGCACAUCAAGCGCUUGUCAUCGAAUAUGAAAGUUUUGUGGAAGAUGAAGCAACUUUAAAUGUUGCUACGCUUAUUGCUCCUGGAUUUCAUUCAAAACAGGAAAGCAUUUGGUCGUAUGAAAGGAAGUAUGAAAAGUCUGAAGAAACUGAGGCAAAUGUUGUAGCCGUUUUUCUGGAAAUUAAUGCUACAUGUCCAAGUCAGAUGAUUGAAUUGAUAGCAUCAAUUAAUCUGCCACCAUCUGCUCCUGGAAUUAUGGAUGUAACGCAAUGUUUACAAUCACAUUUCGAGCCAUCACCUGUUUCUUGGUCCGAAUCUUCAUCCAUAGGAUUACCACAACUGCCAAAAUUCAUCAAAACAUUGGAAAAUAUGACAGCAGUAGUUGGAGAAUUCCAUCAAUUCAAGUGUAUUGUUAGUGGUGCACCAGCACCAAUGAUACGAUGGUAUGUGGAUGGCGAUAUCAUUCAUGAUUCCGACGUCUAUCAAACUAUAUAUGAAGAUGGUGUUUGCAUUUUGAAAAUUCGAGAACUUGCAAUUGAAGAUGAAGGCGAAUAUACUUGUGAAGCAACUAACGAUGCUGGUCAAGCAAUCACGAAAUGCUUCUUGCAGACUAUCACCGAAGCUGAUGCUUUGAAAUACCAGCAACAAGCCAUGCUUGAAAAUAUACUGUACAGCAACAAUGGCAGCAAUAACAACAACGCUAACGACAAUUUGGAAUCUCGGGAUAAUAAUAGUUCAUUUAGUAAUAGUAAUGGGAAUCAUACGGCUAGGUGUAAUACUGUAAUAGAGCGGGAUGGUGAUAAUAAUAGUAGUAAUCAGUGGAAACAAUUUCUUACGGUCAAUUAUGAGUUUGCUCGAACUGAACCAAUGAAUGCUGAGACAGCGAUAAUUGUAACACGUUACGUUACGCCAUCGAAAGAAUUUCGUAAAAAUUUGACAUUGGAGGAGCGAAGCUUUAAUAUUUCUGUUUUCCUACCAAAUGCUGCAAUAGAAUGUGAUUUUAUUUGGGCACUUAUUAAUUGUGAAACUAUUGCGCUCGACCUGAUGUCAUCAUUCCAAACGGCAGAUUUUAUAAUUCAAAAAUUUCUGUCACAACAAAUAGGGACAGCUCAUUUGCUAUUAUCUGUGAAAUUAGCAUUUGAAAAUGUUUCACUUGCUAUUUGUCAACCGUGGGAAGAAAUUUUAUUGCUAAAAAAACCUGAAAGCGCAUCUGUUUGGCAUGAUAAAUUUCGUCAAAUUCAAAAAGCACGACUGCAAUUCUUCACUAAAAGUUCUAACGUGAACGACUCUAGCAAAAAUAAACUUAUGGAAGAUAUCGUACUGGGAACGGUAGCUGAUGCUAUUAAAGGAGAUGAUGCAAUAAAAGUAAAUCCGACGAUUCAAAAUAAUUUGGAAAAAGCAACAAGUGAGCAAAAUGAAAAGAUGAUUGGCUAUAAAGAUGAGAAAGAAGACAAAUCACGAAUUCCGAUUAUUCCACAAGAAAUGAUUUACAAAGAGAAAGAACUUGAUGCUAAUAUUCUGAUCAAAAAUGACGAAAAUUUGUUCAAGUGGCAAACAUCUGAAGAAUAUCCAGGAAUCAGUGACAGCACUUUAGCUGCAGUUCGACGAUACAUAGAUGAGCUACUUGAUUUUACUCCUAAUAUACGAAUAGCCAUUGCAAACAGUAACAAACAAAACAACGUCAAUAACCUGAAUAUGACAAGCAAUCAGAUGGAGAAUGAUUUCUUGAAGGAUUUUGUUAAUGAAGAAUAUCUAAAUUGCUCAUUUUGUCGCAAAUCGGAAAAUGCUGAGACAAUUCAAGAUUUGCCGGUACAUGAAUUAAUUUCAAUUAAGAAUCAUGUGAUAGGAAGCUUUUCAUCGUCUGGGAUUUCAUAUUUAAAUUCAAAUUCAAAUUCCAAAAAUAUGGUGUCUAACAGAAAAAGCGUUGGAACUACAGCAGCAAUUAAAUCAUUAUCAUGUGAAGUUGACUAUGACUUAGAUGAAGAUUCGAAACAAAAUCUUGAUAAUCUUGAUAGUACUUGCAAUAGCAUUAGCACAUUGGAUAUGCAAUCAUCUUAUCUUAUUACAGAAACCUAUCCGUUACACUUUACAAGUUCAAUAGAAAGUACAGAUGCCACCACUGUAACUUUUGAUGCCAGCGAAGAAUUUGAAGUUUUCAGUAUUUCAGCAAAUUUCAGUGCACAUGAUGAAAGUUCCUCAACAUCAGCAUUUGUAAAUGAAUGUAAUUUUCUUGUUUUGGAAGCUGAUCAUUCCAGUUCUUAUUCUGUUAACCCUGAAAUUAUUGACACUUCAAAUAUCAGCAUUUUCACUAAAGAAUCGCUCUCAGCUCGUGAGAUUGCUGCCGAUAAGUUAUUAUUAAAGACCAGAGCAAUCGAUGAAGUCUGUAGAGAAGCUGAAAGUGAAAUUAAGAUGAAAUCAGAAGAUAAUGAAGAAGCACUUCAAAUUGAACGUGCAAUAUACGAUAUAUCCGAACGGAUAGAACAUCAGCAAUCUCUAACAGAAGCACAAGCGGAAGCAAGUGAAGAACUUUUAAAAACUAUACUUGAAAAUAUUAUCAAGAAUACAGGGCAAAGUAGUGUUAUAGAAACAAUGGCCGCUUAUAAAAAACCGAUUGUAUUAUUACGGGAAAAGUUGACAGAUCUGGAAGAAACACUGAAGAGAGAAGAUUUAGAACUCCGAAAGUCAUCGAUGAAAUCAAUUCCGGAAACACAGUCCGUGUUCUCAAAAUCAUUUAGUGCAGAUGGUGAAUAUGCAAAAUCUAUCAGAGAAAGUUCGAUUGAGAGGGAAAUUUGUGGAAUUUCACUGUAUGAUUUGCAACAAAUUGGAAAUAUCAAUAAGCAAGAGAUUAAACGAAUGACACCCCUAACAUCGAACAUUAAGGAACAGCUUCAAAGUUUGGAAUAUAUGCUUGAGGAAGUUGGAAAAGAAGGAGAAGAUGACACGAAAGAAUUAGCUGCGGAAACUGCUGAGAUUAUCUUCCCAGCAUAUUCUGAUGCUAAACAGCAUGAGGUGCAUAAUAUUUUGAUGCAAAUUAACAAUGAAAUAAGCAUUAUAAAACGAUGCUGUCAGAGAAAUAUUUCAAAGGCGAGCGUCGACGCGGCAAUCCGUUUGUUGCAUAAAGUUCGCGACAAUGUUUCUUCAGUGAUUGAUGUAAUAUCAUUGUACAGAAAAAGAUUGAGAAAAAAAUCUCCUGCUGAAAAAACAUUGAAUUUUAAUAGAGAACGAAUGAAAUCAUUAAAACGAUCUCAUCCUUUAUCGCCUUGCUCCAAGACUGGAUUCUUUUUCAAAACAGACGCUUCAGUGAAUUUAUACUUUGUAAAACGUGAGGAAUCAGAAAUUAUAAAUGCUAUUGUUAACUUAUUUAGCUCAUCCAACAAAUAUGGAAAUAAAGCGUCGAAAAGUGAGAAUUCUGAAAUUUCGACAUACGAUGAUGCGAUUUUUGAUAAUGAAAACAUAAAAGCCGUACAAGAAACAGAAAUUGAUCCAUCGUGGUCAUUUGUCUCUGAGUUAGAAAAGGAUGACAAAUCUGUCUUAUCAAAUUUUGUUCAUCCAGAAAACAGUACACUUCCAUCAUAUUCCGUUCAAGAUUCUCAACCAACUCCAGUGCCUCCGCCACGAAAACGCAGCCAGCAGAGAGCUGAUUCUCCACCUCCAAUUCCACCACUUUGUUUGAAGCGUCGUUCAAAAUCAUGUGAUGAUUGUAAAAAUCUUACUGUUCAAUCUUACUCUUCUGAUACAUCGAAUUUUUCAUUCUCUUUGCUACAAAAUAUAACAACUCAAUCAGAUGCUCUAGUUUGUACGGAUGAUCAGUUAGAUUCACUGAAUAGUAUCAGUUUAUUGGAUGUGGAAGCAUCAAGCUUAUUGAUGCCUGAACAAAAAUCUAAAAAUCUUAGUGAAAAGAACGUCAAUUACGAAAGAAUUAUCAGCAAAAUGGGAAGCUUUUGCAGUUGUUCAUAUGUUUGGCCAUCUAUGGAAGAGUAUCGUAUUUCAUUGGAAAUGUUUGAUGAAUCUGGUUCUAUACAACUUAUAUGUGAAGAUUCUGACUAUGCACCAGAAUCAGCUAUGCGCUCACUAUUAUUAUUUGAGCCAACGAAUAAGACUGAAAAAAAAAUCGAAGGAACACAUUUACAAAGGCUUGCAUUUUUGUCGGAUUUGAAGACAAUUAAAACCGAAGCUAUUACUGAAAAUGCCAAAAAAUUGGAGGAAAAUUUUGGUAGACUUAAAAAUAAAAUAAAAGAGAAGUCUACAACUCCUGAAUUAGAUGCAAGUUACAAUGAAAAUAAUUCAGAAUACCUAGUCGAUAGAAGCCAGAAAAUGAAUGAAAAUUCGAGAUUGAUCGAAUAUCCGAGAAGCAGUACAUCCGAAAAUGCAAAAUUCGAAACUCUUCAAAAGUCAACGCAACAUUUUCACGUUUCCUCGAGUGCAAAAUCACAAGAACUAUCCACAACAAGUCUAAUAGAGGAUGAAACGAAUUCUUUGCAUGAAAUUGAAUCAAUUGAUGAUAAAGAUGAAAUUUUGGAUGAAUUAGAUGAUCUCAUGGUGAUAUGCAAUCCACAUGCAAGUGUUAUUGAUGACAUCGAUUUAUUACCGACAAUAAUGGAAGAUAGUGAAAGUUCUAAAAUUGUAAAUUCAUUUAUGUCUGCCAGCACAAAUACUGUUAUUGCUCUUAGCAUGUCAAAUACUGAUCAAGAAGAAAGUGAUAUUACAGUAUCGUCAACAUUAGAAUCAAAAUCAGCAUUGAUUGGAAAAACCGUCAUAGUGCCUUUGAAUCCCUUGGAUAGAAGUGAUGCGGAUGAUAUCAACUAUCUAGAGAAUUACAAGAAAAGAAUAAUUCUGAUAUGUGAAAGUGAUGCUGAACAAGUAUCAGAGGAAACUACAAUCAACAUAAGCUAUAAGAGACCAUCGAACAAGCUCAAAGUGCUAGCAGUCUUGUCACCUGAGAUACAAGCUGAAACUGAAGCAUGUAUAGCUAUUGAAGAAGGUUUUGAUGUUCUAGUUGAACAACCAGACGAAGCUCAAGAUUUUGUCGUACAAAUUUUAGACCAUGUAAACGAUUCGAUUAGUCUUGAUUUGACUCUUUCAAGCACAAUUGAGAUGGAUUUAUCACUAAAACGUAGUGAACAGUGCGAAAGUAUUCUAUCUUAUCAAGUUAAAAAUUUAUUUAAUGGUGGUGGUGAAAUUGACCAAGAGCGAGUAAGCGUAAAGAGUGAUCAUGAUUAUCAUUAUCAUCAUUCAUGCAAUAGUAAGGAACAACGUACCGGUAUUUCUGUAAACAUUAUUGCGCGAAGUAUGCAUGAUGUUGUGCAUGCCUCACUGGAAGAAAUUCCUUGGGGUGAAGUAUCCAUGUAUAUUCUAAUGCAACCCAUUAUGACUCGUUCGAUAACCGAUUCGGAAACUAGAAAUUCACUGAUCCAAAAUGUGACUGUAUCGGAAUCGAAUGAAACUGAAAAACGUUCGCUACGUUCUCACGAAUCAUUUCGCUCCUCAUCACAGUUAUCCUUUAAUUGGAACGAAUUUAGUGAUCGAAAUGGCAGUGGACACAAUCUCAACAUACCAAGCUAUGUGAUUAGGGAAGGAUCAACUGCUACAAUCACAUGUGAAUUCAACAAUUUUUUAGCUCCUGGAAGUUUCAUUGAUUGGUUCAAGGGUAAUGCUCUAAUGGAAAUUGUACCUGGAAAAACGGAUCGUAUAAGUCAUGAUCUGUUGGAAGUGCUGGUUAUUUCACAUGUUGAUCUCUCGGACGGUGAUGUUUACAGCAUUAGGGUCAAUGAUGUCAUUUAUCCCGUUGCAUUCCUCGUUGUAGACAAUACCGAUGCAUCAUCUGAAAAAAUCAACAAUGAUGCACACUUCAUAAGUCCACCGCAAACAUUAUUUGUAAUGGUGGGACAACCAUCAAUUAUUUCCUGUCAAGUAAGCAGCGCUAAUCAGAAAAUUGAGUGGUGUAAAGAUAAUAAAAAGUGGGUGACUGAAAAUGAACGAAUACGAUUAGAAGCAGAUCAAUUAGGUUAUCAUCGAAUGAUUAUUGAUAAGUCCGAACUAGAAGAUCAGGGGACUUAUUAUGCUUUUUUGGGUAAUCAUUUCACAACAAUUACACUGGUUGUUGAAGAACUCAUUAACGAACGUGAAGUGACAAUCAGUGCAUUGGGAACAGACAGUGAAGAUGAUGAUUAUCGUGAGUAUUUGGUAUCACCGGGUAGUACAGCAACAAUUGCUUGUGAGCUGGAAAAUAGCGAUGAGGUGCAAGAAUUGGUAUGGCGCAAAGAUGGUAAACGAAUUGAGUUUACGGAUGAUGCAAAAGUUGAACAUGUAGUGAAUGGUUUAAAACAUUAUCUAGUGAUUCAUGAUACACAGCCUGAUGAUUCAGCAUCCUAUAGUAUCUGUAUCAAUGAUAUCGAAUUCAAGAUUGCUCAUUUAAUAGUUAGCAAUUAUGUAGCAGCUAUCGAUAGCAAGCAUACUAAGCGAGAGUAUGCAGGUCAAAUUACAGUGGAAGAAUCACUGGUACCAGUCGGUUCAGCUGCAACAAUUCACUGUGAAACCAUCACGCAACAGUAUUCAUUGGAUUGGCGUAAAAAUUUGCAACCUAUUGUGCAAGAUGAACGAAUCGAAAAGAAAGAUGCAGCUGAUGGCUUUGAGCAUAGCCUUACAAUUUACAGUGUACGAAAGAGUGAUGAAGGCGAAUAUGGCGUUGUAAUUAAAGAUUCAUAUACUGCUGUCACUAAAAUAACUGUAAUUGAAUCACAGGAGCAAAUAGCCACUGAGAAUUUCAACAUUUCAUUGCAUCCAACACAAUCAAUGAUGAAUGAAGUCUCUGCGCAAUUACGUGAUUGCGUUAAUCUUCAGCAGACACAAAACUUUGAAGCGUAUCAGUUAUGCAACAUGGAAGAAUACUUUGAUUUGCAAUUUUCCAUGCAAUCGCUUGAAAUUCCAGUAAUUGUAGAUGAAAAACGAUCUGUAUCGGUCAGCUAUCUUUCACGAGCAGUAUCCAUGCAAGCAUUGGAUGAAGAGAUUCACAUACACCGUGAGCUUUCUUAUGAAACUAGCGAGGAUUUCAUUUUUAUGGAAGUAACCAAUGUUGAGUGCAAUUUUGUAACAACAGAUGUUCGCUUUGAAUUCACAUCUUCUACCUCAAUUGAUCAUGCUGUUGUUGAAGCUAUAGUACUAACACUAAUUGCACAUCAAUCUAUCCAACUUCACCUUAGUUCACUGUACACUGAACUUAGAAGUAGUUUUAUAAAACAGUCUGGUUUGCAACAAUUAACCGGUGCUGCAAGUCUACCGCAAAAAAUUGUGGAAAAAUUAGGAAUAAAAUUAGGUGAUCAAUGGGUGAAAUUAGAUGUGUUAUUGUUAUCACCAAUGCAAACUAUAGCAGCAGAUGUUACGAACAAAAUUCCCAGAACAAUAGCACUAGAAAUGGACUUUCUUCCAUUAAUAUUUGAAAAAUACGACGGUGACAUUAUAUUUGAUAAAGCAUCAGAACGAGAAUACCUUGACGCAGUGUUACUAACAAAAUCAACUACAUAUCCGGAAAAGAUUACACGACAAUUUACCAUGAACGUUGUCUGGUUGGAAUUUAUAGCUGUUUAUAAAGUACCGCAAAAUUUUGAUACUUCAAUCAAAAUUGAUGUUGCUCGAAAGGAAGUAUUCCAUCUGCAAUGCAAAGCUUCUAAAGCAAAUACAAUUGAUGAAAUUUUCACAAUUCAAGGAGCCAUUCAAGAACAAAGUGUUGCAGUAACAUUUCCAGAAAGUUUGUUUGCAGCAAUAAGUGAAAAUUAUAACGAUUCAAUUUUAUCUUUGGAAAUAAUAUUAAAGUCACACAUUGAACAGAAUUUGCAUAUAAGCAGGGAAUUACCGCUGAUUCGAAUGGAAACGAUCAAUAUGCAGCUCAAGGCUUCAAUGCUUGAAGUAAUUCCAGUAACCUACAGUUUUUCGAAGCCUACACAGAAUGAAAGUUUGGAAAUGAAAAUAUUCAUGAAACAUCUUAAGCAUUAUGAAACAAGUCAACGUAAUUUCGCUGACAGGGUCGCAAAACUUGAACUAGAGCUUUGGUCGAGGGACGAGCCUAACUCUUCCAUUACUGGUGAUUUCCGAGCAGGGGAAUUGAAUCGAGUGAGUGCAAGAUUUUUCGCUUCAAUUGCAGAAUAUUUCGAUGUAUCGACAGCUUUCAAUAUUCAGCCAAAAAUGAAUGCAGUAAUAGCUACGUUACCAAUAAAAGCGCCAAAAAUUAUUUCAAAAAUAAGUCGGCUGUUUUCAGAUGCCGUUGUAAAUGUGAUUUUAGAAUGUUGGUCACAGAUGCCUCAGGAAUUUUAUGCAGAUGCUAUCGUUUUAACACCACGAAUAGAUACAUGCAUGGCAAAUUUUAGAGCUUCAUCUUUUGAAAAUUUACACACUAUCAUGUCAUUUGAGAUUCAAUCUCAGACAAACACUGCUACUGUAACAUUAUUGAAGCAAGCACCGACAAUCAUUGAAAGAUCCAGCUUUAUGCUUUCCGAUGAUUGGAUUCAAGAGAAAGCAGAAUUUCAAUCGCGACUUCAGCGUAGUCUGGAAGUAGAGAUGGAAUUUUUCACUGCCCGGGAAGAUUCUUUCAUUAGGAACAUUAAAAGUGCAGAAUUUGAUGAGAAAAAUAUUGUGGCUAUUAUUGAGAUCCGACCGGAGAAGGAAUGUGCAGAAUUUACAUUGCUAACACCACUUCCAGCAUUAAUUGAUGAGAUCAAUCGGUCAUUUUCAGAUACUGUCGUAAAUUUAAUUACAGAGCUACACAUGCAGAGCGAUUUUCAAACAGAUAUUGAUAUUUUAAUCGCUCGGACGUGCGCAAUUCAAAUGUAUCUGAAAGCUUCAAAAGAAGCAAAUAUCACUGUAAUAGCGAGAUUUUGUGUCCAAGAUGAAAUCGAAAACAUCAUAGCUACUUUACUUACACGGGCACCUACAGUUAUUGAAAAAAAUGAACGGAAGUUUUCAGAUAAUUUUGUGGAGUUUGUAACCGAACUAUGGUCGCAAAUCUGUCGAGAAGCUUUCGCAGAUGCUAAUAUUUAUGUUGUUAGAAAUGAUGAGAUACAGAAGGAGCUGAAGGCUUCAAUUGCAGAAGAUACGUAUACUUCGAUAUCAUUGGAAGGAUACUCUGAAGCUGAAGGACUUGAAGUGACUUUAUCAGAGUCAGUUUGGGCUGACACUUGCAAAUUAAAUUGUUUCUUUAUAUAUGAAACCGUUGAUUUGAUAGCUACAUUGUGGUUUCAAACCCAAAACAAUUUCUACGCUGAUGUAAAUAUACCGAUUAAACCAAAGAAUAGUAAUCAGCUACAUUUGAAAGCUUCCGGCGAAGAACAUACAAAUUUGUUAAUGAGUUUUGCAGUGCAGUCGCAAAUAAAAAAUGCUGAAGUGGUACUGCUUACUCAAGUACCGACCAUUGUAGAAGAAACAGAUAGAGCCUUCUCAUCAAAUUUCACAAAAAUAAUUUCUGAAAUGUUUUCAACAGUAAAUAGAGAUCUAUACACGUGCUUUGAAGUAAUGAUUUUAAUACAUGAAACUGCAGAAAUAUGGAUAGAAGCAGCAAAGGAAGAGAAUUUACAUGUUGAAAUAUGUUUCAAAAAUGAAUUGAAAACUUAUUAUGCAGAUGCUAUUAUAUCAAUUGUUCAAAAUGAAAGACAGCUUACAAAUAUAAGAGUUCCAUCUCUUGAGAACAUCGAAAUUUAUAAUUUCUUUGAGUUUUAUCCGAAAGAGGAGCUAUCAUCGAUUACUAUUAUAUCUGAACAAAUUACUGAAGUCACUGAAAAGAGAUGUAGCAGUGAUGUGGUAAAACUUGAUAUUGAUAUCUACCGCCCUGUUUUAAAUGAAAUUGUGGAAGCCGAUCUUAUGGAAUCUAAGCCACCUCUAUGGAUGUCUUGUAGUUAUGAAACAUACGAUGAUCGAUCGUUACGUUUGUUUCCACAGGGACUUAUUGAAGAUAUCAAUAAAACAUAUGAACAUUUCAUGCAGAAAUCCGAAGAAAAUAUUAGUAUAAUGAUUGAAUUCUAUCACAACCCAACGAUAGAAUCUUCUCAAAUUGAUUUACGAAAUAUAUAUCAACAGAGCCGAACAAUCGAGGAGAAUAAGAUGGAAACAUUAUGGAGUCGCGUACAACUAAAUGUAGGAUUGUAUGAGCACUUAGAUCUAGUACGGUCCACACAAACCAGUGAAUCUACUUUUAUCUUACAUGGAAAUAUCUGCGAAAAAGACGAAUCCACUGAUGAAAUUAGCACGUCUUCCACUUAUGCAGCUCCACAAUUUGUUGAAAAUUUAAAUGAAAAUUAUGAGAUCGAGGAAUUUGCAACUCAUUUGUUCAAAUGCAUCAUCUAUGGGACACCUACGCCAUAUAUCCGAUGGUACCGUAAUGAGCAAAUUGUCAUCCCCAACGAUAAUAUAACAGAGAUUGCUGAAGAUGGUGUCUACAUAUUGAAAAUAAAGAGCGUAGAUAGAAGUUGGGACGGAAGUCUGAUUUGUGAAGCAACAAAUGCAGCCGGAACAGCUCGUACACAUUCCACUGUUCAUGUUCAAGGAUUAGAGGAAAGUUCCAUGAGUAGCACUUCGACUGGAGGACCUGUAAUCCAACUGCCGGUUAGUAACGAAAUGCAUGUUAAAAAAGGAGAAAAUGUCCAACUUAAAUGUGUUAUAUCUGGAAGUCCGUUGCCUUCAGUGCAGUGGAAGCGCAACGAUGUUAUUAUCGAAAAUAACGAGCAUUACUCGAUUAUAUAUGAUGAUGGGAUCUGCAUUUUGCGUAUUUUAAAUGUCGGGGAAGAGGAUAACGCAAUUUUCAGUUGCACAGCGAUGAAUUUGUCCGGUUCCGCAAAAACCGAAAGUAAAAUAAUUGUUGAAGGGAAUAUUAUAGAUGAUUAUACUACAGGUGAAAUAUCGAUAGGUUCGAUGUCAUCGCAAGAUUCGACCAUCACUCAAUUCCAAGCACCACAAUUUACAUUACCACUGAACGAAAUAACCAUACAGGAAACGGAAGAACUACAACUUAAAUGUAUUGUUACGGGUGAACCAAUGCCUACAAUUCGUUGGACAUGUAAUGGCAAAGAAAUUCAGGCAGACAAUAGGAAUAUAUUCACUGUUUAUGAAGAUGGCAUUGUUAUACUGAAAAUCAUGAAAAGUGAUAAAGAAGGGUUAUACAUAUGUGAAGCAACAAAUGGUACUGGAAGUGCGCAAACUCAAACUUUUGUUCGUAUAUAUGGCACUGAAGUCUUAUUAACAACAGCAAUGGAACGAGAAAAUCCGAUAGAGUCAGCUGAGGCUAUAGUUAUCUCAAUCUCGACAUCAAAAUUCUGCUCAGCUGCUGAUGUAACUGAAAAGAGAAAUGAAAUGAUUGAGGAAGAUCUGGAAGGAGGAAAACCGAGGGAAACAUUCGAUGAAGAAAUUACUAUCGAUCAAUAUAUACCAACAGGCACACUGAAUUAUUUAAUUGAGGCAGAAGCGCUAACAAUAAAAGUUAUGAAUUGCAAACUUUUUGCUCAUGCAAAAGUGAAAGAAAAAUCGAAAAAAUUAAAGGAGGAGAAGUUACUUAAAAUAAUCAUCGAAGAGGAGGUUAUUACCACGCGAACUUAUUUAAGAGUGAUCGAACGCAGUGCAAGACAUUUCUGGACACUUCGAGGUCAUACUACUGAAAGACCUCCAUACUGGAGCCGAGAGGUUACCAAUGAAAGAGUAGAAUUUGAGAAAAUAUUCCAAAGUGAUGAAAUACAUGAAUUUUUAGAAGAUAAAGACAUUAUUGAACGUUAUGUUCAGCUUCUAAAGGCGAAAGAAAGGUUGGAAAGCAGUGAAGAAUGUGAAACUCGAUUUAAGCUACGUCAAACUGAAGGUCCACCAGAAACUUUAGAAAAGCGACAAUUGGAAAUACUCGAAGAACAAACUGGAAGUCUUGAUGAGGAUAUCGGUAUCUUCACAGUUGUUCACUGCGUAGCAAAUGAAAUGCAUCAUAUUGCAGAAGCAUAUGUAAUUCUCAUUACGCGUUACCGAUACAAGGCAACAUUUGAUAUUCGAUCUCCUCAAUAUCAGAUGAUUACUAGAGGUAACGAAUUUGAAGCUUCUAUUGAAGAAUCAGUCAAAAGGCAAAAAUAUUUCUCCCAUUCAAUUUUGAAGCCACCGCAUUUCAUUCAAUCAUUUGCUAUCUUUGAAGAAGGUUUCAACACAGGAUUACGUUGUUCUGUAUACGGUCUACCAGCACCACAUAUUCGAAUUUCGCAUAAUGGAUGCCCGAUUUUGAGAAAUAAUAGAUUCUUUCAUGUAGUAUACAAGAGUGGUGUCAUAACACUCUACAUGCCGCACAUUCUGGAAGGACAUUAUGUGUGCGAAGCCAUCAACGCAGCUGGACGAGCUAUUACAGAAUGUUACAUUCGAGUGGAUGAAGCAUGGAAUGAAAAACAACACAGAAAAAUCGAAAGAAUACGAAUUGAAAACGCAUCCAAAACAACGAAAUGCGCAGAGAGGAAUUCUCAAAAUCAUGAAAUCAUGCCAAUCACUUCACAGGCAUUAAUUCCUCAAUUCGAAUAUGAAUACAGUAAACAAAUCAACGAAACUGUAGAGUUAAUGGAAAACAUUGAAGAUACUUUGACUGAACACCAUACCAAACGUCAAGAAGCACUAGAAAAAGACACGGAAAAGACAAAGGAGACCAAAAAUGACAACAAAACUGAAACAUAUGAAGAAAUCAGCAAAAAUAUCUUCAUUGAAAGAAAACCCGCCACUUCAUCAAUGAAAAUUUCAGUGAUAGAAAACAUUUCCGACACAUCAAAACGAGAAAUUUUUAAACUGUCACAGCAAGAAAUUGAUACGUUGGCCAAUGUUACAAAGCCUACGUAUAUCGAGCACGCAGAGAUUCUGUACGCAACUAUAUAUCACGAGACAGCACAUCAUGAAAUAUCUGCAUCACAAGACAGAAAAGAGGAGAUACAAAAUGAAGCAAUGCUUGAAGUCAUUUGCAACGAGCAAAAAGAAGAAAUUCAAGCCAAGCAGGAAAAACCUAAAAAAAAAAUCGGUGCAGAAGUGGUGCAACCAAAGGAAGAAACUGUCGAAGAAAAAGUUGCCGAGGAAUUAGAGAUAGCGUUAGAAAUUAACAAAGACUUCGAACAUGAAAUUAUCGACGUUUCAAUUCUGAAUGUGGUUUUAGAAUCAACUCAAGCUUCAAUUCGCUUUGCAAAAGAAGCCAAAGAGGAAAAAUCUAAAGAAAUCGUUGAAGUGGUGAAAUCAAAGGAAGACACUGUCGAAGAGAAAAUUGUCGAAGAACUGAAUGAGGCAGAAAUCAUGCUAGAACUUAACAAAGACUUCGAACAUGAAAUUAUCGACGUUUCAAU